AUGAAACAGAUAGCGAAAGAAAGAGAAACGGUGAAGUUAAUAAGCUGCUCUGCGAGGUUAAAACUGAGCUCAUUGGAUGUGGAGGAGGAGGAUCAGCCCGAGGAUGAUGGCGCUUAUCAACUCCCUGCACUGUUUAACUUGACCGUACAGAGAUUUGAAGGUGAAACAUGUGACGGACAGCUUCAUGGUGAAGGUGUUGCCUGUUAUGAAGGAGACCAUGUUUACAAGGGCAAGUUUUCUAUGGGACUUAUGGAUGGAUCUGGUGUCUUCACAUGGGCAGGCGGGUUGAAAUAUGAGGGAGAGUUUGUGUGCAACAUGCCGCUGGGUCAGGGCACAUACACCUGGCCAGAUAGUAGCUCUUACAAGGGGGAAGUUUACAACGGUGUUCGUCAUGGGAGUGGUACCUACACAUGUGCCAAAAACGGUAUGUCAUACAGAGGGCAGUGGCAUCAGAGCAAGAGGCACGGAAAGGGUGCAGUCUAUUAUAACCAGGAUAAGACUUCAUGGUACAAAGGAGAUUGGGUGAAGAACAACAGAGAGGGAUGGGGAGUGAGAUGCUACCCUUCUGGUAACAUUUACUCUGGUGAGUGGAAGAACAAUGUAAGGAAUGGAGAGGGCACGAUGAGGUGGCUGAAACUGGGACAGCGGUAUGACGGCCAAUGGCAGGAUGGAGUCCAGCAUGGACGAGGCACACAGACCUGGAUCCUGAGGCGAAUGGAUGGAUCCCAGUACUGCCAGAGCAAUCAGUACACGGGGGAUUUUGUUCGGGGGCAGAGGCAUGGAAGGGGGAGCUUUUCCUACGCCGGCGGAGCGAUCUACGAAGGAGAAUGGAAGAACGAUAAGAAACACGGACAGGGAAAAUUCACUUUCAAGGAUGGGCGUGUUUUUGACGGAGAGUUUGUGGACGAUCAGAUGAUGACACCCAACUUGUGUGGAAACAGAGCUCCCACUCCGCAUGGUAAACACCUAGCUACUGCAAUAUUAAAAACUGUCAUGAUCAAUGAUGUUACAGUCCGAUUUCUUUUCUUUACAUUGUUGUAUCCUGUCACAGGUGUAGUUCCCAUGUCAAGUGAAGAUGUGUCCAUACUAGGACCAGACAUGAGUGUGAACAUUGAGCGUCUUAUGGAGAAAAUCCCUGAGAGAAAACGUGACGCUGAGCGCAAACAGAUGGAGUUUGUGAUGCUGAGGCACAACAAAGAGCUGAAGUCUAUCUACAGUUUCUACAGCAGACUUGGUCACACUCAGUCGCCGGAUAACACCUUCCUGCUGUCCCGCAUGCAGCUGUGGCGCCUGCUCAAAGACUGCAACAUCCACCAUCAUGGCAUCACUCUGACACAGCUAGACCUUUAUACCAGAGAGGAUGCCGCCCCAGCAGAGAUUCACUCUCCCUUCACUCCCAUGCUGCUCUGUAGGCUCCUCAGCUGCCUAGCGGUCGCAGCCUAUCACAUCUACCAUAAGGACAUGGUGUCACAAAAAUACCUUCUGGCUGCCUGCUUUUCCAAACUGCUGACGGAUGACAUCAUGCCAAAUGCUAUGAUUGUAAAAGGCUUCCUGUUUAAGCAGCCAGAGUGUAGUGCAGCGGUGUCUGUGAACUACUUGAAGAAGUGCUGGGAAGUCUAUCAGGCUUACUGCAGGGUCAGCGCAGCCCCCAGAGAUGACCUCACCAUGACCUGGAGGCACCUGCUGUGGAUGUUCAAGGAGUUCCAUCUGUUAGACAACAAGCUGACCACAGCGAGGUUAUUAGAGAUCAUCACUGCAGACAGCCCUGACCCCAGCGACCCGUCCUCUUGCCUGGAUCUAGAGAUUACAUUCCUGGAGUUUUUUGAGGCUCUUCUUGGCUCUGCCGAGGUGAAGUGUCAGCAGGUGUCUGGAGGCCUGGAGGAGAGUCUGUCCCCAUCCAACACUGAGGCAGAGGCCACAAGGAAUUCCCCUAAAGAGGAGGCCAGUGAGAAAAACCUGCCAACUACAAACAGCCCUCCUCAAACGACAGCAGCUCCAGUGAAUUCAUCCGAUUCUCCUGAAGUCUCCAGCCCCAAGUCAGUAGAGGCAGAGAGAUCCAGUAACACACCAGAGUUAUCUACUGCUCAAGACCUGGAGAGUCAACAAGAACCAGGGCAUCCAAAAUCUGAGUCUGCAGAACACACAGGUGAAGGACAGGACGGACAAACCAAAGAGGUGGAGGCCAAAGACAGCCAACUGGAGCUUUGGAUCCAGAAGAUCCAUCAGUUCUUCAUCCACUUUUUCUUCCCUGCAUUUGACCAUCACCAGUUAGUGACCAGCAACAUGAAGGAGGAGAAGCUCCGUCAGGAGGCCCAGAGACACAUUGCUCUGGUUAAAGCCCAACAAAGAGCCAGGUUAAAGGUGCACUGGGAAGCUGUUGAACGGCAGGACAAUAACGAUGCAGUAGUGGAGGCAACAGAAAAACCCUGA